AUGAUUAAACAAUCAUUCAUCACCGUUGCAAUCAUCUUCGGAAUUGUCUCAGCAUCUACCAACAAAGACAGUAUUCGUAUUGUCAACUCUGGCUCGACAAACACAGCUGGUUAUACUAUCACAGUAGAACGCACCGGAAGUGUCACAUGGAUUGUUGCACCACGAGUUCGUCCCGUUAUAUCAUCAACAACACCAGCAAGUAGUACAACUACCCGAAAUAGCAUCCAACUUUCGGCUAGUCGAACAAAUGCCAUCUUCGAAGCGGUUCAACAAACAUUACCAUUUACUCAGUACAAACCGGUGUUUUGUGUAAAGAGUGUUUCAUUCGGUACAACUCUUCAUGUUCAAUACCGAGGAGAACAAACACCUGACUUGAGCUGUCCAUUGAAAGACGAACGAUUGAUCAUUUUGAGCAAAUAUGUUCAAAGUUUGAUUGCUGAUUUACACAUCCAAACUUUUGGUUAG